AUGGAUUUUCAGCGGAUAGGGCAUGCUAUUCCGCAAAGUUCGCUCGAUGAUAUGUAUAAUGUUUCCAAGCAGUUUUUUGAUCUUCCUUUAGAAGAGAAGCAAAGGUACGCGUCAUCUAAAGACGAUGCUUUUUCUGACUUACAUGGGAUUGGGUGUGAUUCGAUUAUAGCAAAUAUCGAUGACGAUCAGUUUUUCGACUGGUAUAACGCAAGAUCACUAUCGGAGGUUAUUUUAAAGGCAAUGUCCAAAUCACUAGGAUUAGAAGAGAAUGACUUGGUCCACCAGCUAGGUGAUCGACAAAUCGUGCAUACACAGAUUAACUUUUAUCGUGCUUGUUCUAGACCAGAUCUUGUUUACAGCAUAAGACCUGUAGUUGCAGGAUAUCCUUCAACCACACCCUUAAUGAAAUCUAAUAUUAAUUCAAUUUCUUCGGAUUAUCAAAGGAAACUUCUCAACUUGGGAAAAGAAAAUGCCAAACUUAAGGUUGAAAAUUCUACCAACGUUGAAUUACUUUGCAAGGCUCGAGAAAGAAAUGAAGAAAUUAUUGAUAAAGAGAAGAAUUAUCUGGCGAGGAUUGAAGAGUUAAAAACACAGCUUGCUGCUAAAGAAAAGAUUCGUCUUGAAGAAGCCGAGAAAUUAUCAAUGGAAUUAUAUGCUCGCAACUCCAAGUACCAGCAAUUAAAGAAGAAUUAUGUCCUCACUGUUUCAAAUAAUGGUAAGGAUGCCAUUCGCGCUCGUGAUGCAGCAGUUAAGAGAGUCUGUGUUGAUAAUGGGAUUCCUCUCUCUAAAUAUAAAUUCGCAGAUGUUCCUCCCAGUGAAGUUGUUCCUCAUAUUAUUGAUAGUGAACCGGAAUAUGAAGAUGAUGAAGAGUAUGAAGAAGAAAGUAACUCUGAGGCCGAACAUAAUGAUAAUUAA